AUGGAUAUAAGAAAAAAAAUUUCCGAAAAUUUUUUUUCGGCGAUUGCCAAUACUACUGUCACUAUUACUACUAUUACAACAACAACAACAACAACAACAACAACAACAACAACAACAACAACAACUACUAACUACUACUACUACUACUACUAA